CUUCCCAGUUUUUUUUGUUAGUACCAUUUUUGCCUCCGCCGGUAACUCAUUGUUCGCAUUUGCUUCCGAUUUGGCUUCAACGUAGAAUAUUCAAUUUUUAUGCAAAGUACUAAUUUUUCCUCCGAUCAGACCAUACAUGGUUCUUGUGCCUCCGACGUAUUUGCUUACAAUAUCUAUCUCGUUAUUUGCAUAGUUUUACUUCCGCGAAUAGCUAUCGAAAGAAUAUUUGCGAGAAAGAUAACCUAGUACUGCGACAAGAUGGCCGUUCAACUCAUACCCCAUCACAACGGGUUCGGUCGGGGCCCUCGAGGUAGGCCAAGUCGGUUAAAUUUACAUAUUUCCUUUGGUCAAAGUAUAGGGUGCAUUAUGCAUUUAGUGCAUUUUUUUGCUACAGCUUCUCAAUCUGGUGCUGGGGACGAUCAAGGCUGGAGACGACGCAACCACUCGACUUGCAAAGUUGUGGAGUACGCGUGUGAUGCAGUUUCAAAACCGACCAUUUUUCCCACGUGUUUACAUCAAAUUGGAACAGACAUGAACCGUUGGGGGUUCGCCCGGCAGAGCCGUGUUCAGAGGUGGUAGAAGUUGUUGGGAUGGUGGGUGGUCCCGCCAGCCGCUGGGACGCAUGAUUUCAGGCCUAGGCACGGCCGGGGACCAGAAUGAGACGGUGGACUAUCUAUUCAACCAAAACCUGUCCACGAAUCUGACUCAUUUCGAGGCGACCGACCCGACGCCGGUUUUUCCGGCCUACAUUCGGACCGUUUCCAUGGUCCUGUGCACCGUCAUCCUCGGGAUCGGAGUCGUCGGCAACGUCAUGGUCCCCCUCGUCAUCAUCAAAACGAAAGACAUGAGGAACUCGACCAACAUAUUCCUAAUGAACCUGAGCAUAGCCGACCUCAUGGUCCUACUCAUCUGCACUCCGACCGUACUCGUCGAAGUCAACUCUCAACCAGAAACAUGGGUCCUAGGAGAACAUAUGUGCAAAGCUGUGCCGUUUGUUGAGCUGACUGUAGCACACGCUUCCGUUCUCACGAUCCUGGCGAUCAGCUUCGAACGAUACUACGCCAUCUGCGAGCCCCUGCGAGCCGGCUAUGUCUGCACCAAGACGAGAGCCAUGCUGAUCUGUCUGCUGGCAUGGGCGUUCGCCGCCCUCUUCACAAGCCCAAUAAUUGUGAUGACUCAUUAUUCUCGGAAGACGGAAUAUUUCGACGGUUCUAUGGUUCCGACGUGCCUGACAGAAGCGACGACCUUCUGGCCUGAGCUGUUCUUCUUUAUGAUCAUCUCUCUUUUUUUCAUCCUGCCCUUAGGCGUACUGAUCGUGCUGUACACAGUGAUAGCCCGGCAUCUCAUGGCCGAUUCUGGCACGUCCAACAGCAGCGACGGAUUCAACCAGAGGGCCAGGAAGCAAGUCGUGCUCAUGCUGGGCACGGUGGUGCUUUCGUUCUUCACCUGCCUCUUCCCGUUCAAGGUCUUCACGCUCUGGGUCAUAAUAGUCCCUCGGGAGUACAACAUGCGCCUGGGGGUCGAGAGAUACUACAACAUCCUCUACUUCUGCAGGAUCAUGCAUUACUUGAACUCGGCAAUCAACCCUAUCCUGUACAACCUGAUGUCGUCCAAGUUCAGGCACGGUUUCAAACGCCUCAUCGGAAUAAGGAGGAAAAGGCACAUCCUCAUUCUGAGGAACAGGACGACCAUGAGCACAUCUCUAAACUCCAGCACCAGGUUCAGAGGCUCGCCUGACUUUUCCUGGAGGGAUUCGUCUUUGGAUUCAAGGCAUACCAACGGGUCCAUAAGGCGCAGCGUCAUCCUCAGGAGUUCUUUACUUAGAAACGAAUCUAAUAGAAAAAGCAGAGAAUCAAUUCCUACUCAUACUGAUAGCUAUGUUUAGAAACACACAAAAUCCAUUUUUUUAUUCAUCUAAGUCACCUGGAGAUUCAAAUCAAGGAAUUGAUUUUAAUCAGGCCCAGAUUUUUAUCAUUUAAAACUAAAUUUCCAAUCUACUAUUUUUUGUUCACUUGUCUGUUCGAAAUCAACCGUAUUUUGAAUUCUCAUCAUCAUCAGUUCUUAAAUUGUCCAAGCAAGAAAAUAUUAUUACCAAAAAUUAUAAAAGCUUCUAUUUAAUAAAUUCUGAGCUUAACUAUCAUAUACAAAUAAUUUUUUACACAUUAAAUAUUACAGGUUAAUCUGAUGGUGUUUGUAAUCGUGCUUGGAAAGCAGUUAGAGGUUUUUCACAUCACAGUCAAUAAAAUAAGAAACAAAACUGUUUCAAAAAUUUUGAUAUUCAUUCCAAUUACGAAACUUUAUAUAAUCAGACUUAAAAACAGAUAAUUGAACGUCCUGGCAAGGUAGGGAACAGAUGUAAGAUUUUAGGUUAAAAUCUUUUUAUGCAAGAAAACUGAACAAAAAAAGUCUUCAUAAUGAACUAAUUAUCAACCUAAGAAUAGUUCGGUUUGAAAGUAUGUAAUAGAAAAUAAAAGUUAUUCAUACUUGUCCAUUGUGAAAUAAAGUUAAAGGCUGACUACAUGUCCAAUCAUCGUCGGGUCCAAUUGGACGGACAAGGCGAUGUCGAAACCAGGGUUAAAAUGACGUUUUCAUAAUAUCGCCGCCUCCUGGAGAAACUUUCGGCCUGGAACUGUCCAAGUCAUUACCCUCUAAGUUUGUUAAGCAAUUUAAAAAGAGGCUCCUGGAAAGUGAUUUAUCUCCGAGACCCCGAGAAUUAACUUCUUUUGUUAGUACCGAGGACAUAUUUUUUCCGACAAAAAGGGAGAAAAAGAUCACUUUCAUAUUAAAACGCCAGUAAAUGGCUGUAAUGCAAACACGAUUAAACGACUUUUUUUCUCCGGGUCUGUAAUUAAUCCAAUCGGAUGACGGCCGUUCUUCUUAUUUUUUGGCAACGGUUUCAUUUAUUAUUCAAUUUGCAGAGAUUUGCCCCUGUUAGGACCGUUUCAUUCCAAAUCAUAAGCUAUUAGGAGAACAAUACGGCAAAGAAGGGAAAAAGUAAGCGCCCCGGAACUGGAAAAUAACUGUUAUUUAUUAGAAUCUACAUAUUUAAAAGCACUUAUGCUAAUCUCGAAUUAUGCAAAAUGGAAGAGCCCGUUUGAGUAAAUUGCUAGAUAUCCAUUCAAGACGUGAUGUAAGCCUUCUUCCCGCAUUGCUAAGGAGACAGUAACAAGCUAUAACUUGUGACUAAUAUCCGUGCCAGGCUUUAAAUAAAUUAGUAUACAUCUCGACCUGAUUUGCAUCUGAAAGUGGACGGGAACGGUAUUCGUAACAAAAAGUGUUUCGAUCACGUUGAAGAGGAUGCUGCGUACGACGCGACCAUAAAGCGCGAAGCCGUUUGAAACCGGCUAAAGAAAAAAAAACCAAGCAUUCUUCCGUGAGUUAUUUAUGAACUUGGCCUUCCGUAAAAGUUUUCGCUUCUAUUCUUAUUCCUUAUACGAUACACGGUAUUUUUAGCUAAAUAUUUUUAUAAGACAUGAAUAUGGAUCUUCCAGUUUUGAUAAAAGGCAAAUUCUAUAAUCAAAUAGUCAAUUUUUAUCGAAUGGUGCCAAAAAUAGCUUAGCUUUACUUAGCCUUUUUCUAGUGCCUCUUUUUUUAAAUAAUUAAUUAUGACAUUUGCAUCUUUUUAAUAUUUAGUGCGACUAGUCAAACGUAAGUCGGAUUUUUGUAUUAUUCAUAUUUUUCAAAAAAAAGAAAAACUGUAUGUAACGACGAUAUUUCUA